GCAAGGAGGUAUUGGAAAAAUUGAGUUGACAUAUUGGACAUCAGAUUAGGAUAAGAUUGUGGUGAGACAUAUGGGGAUUUGGGUGUGAUAUCGUUGAGAAGAUUGUGGGGAUUGGAUCAAUCAGUUCACCCUGAUCUGAGUAGUACUGUGUUUCUCAGUGUAUUCGCUAACAGAUUGUUGAUGUAGAAGUUGGUAGAGAUGAAAAAGGCCGGAAGAUCCCAGAAUAUCUGAUUCAUUUUAACGGUUGGAACAGAAGCUGGGAUAGAUGGGCAGCAGAAGAUCAUGUACUUCGUGACACGGAUGAAAAUCGCAGAUUACAGCGUAAAUUGGCCAAGAAAGCUGUGGCUCGCAUCUUGGUCAGAUAAAUGCAUCAAUCUUUUAUCUGAAAUCUGGCAAGAAAGACGUUCUUCAGAGGGUCAGCCUAAAGGAUUGAUGAACUGAAGUUUGAGAAACAAAUGAAUUGUCGUGUUUAUUCUCAAUACAAUAUGCUGCCAGGGCACAGCUAAUGCACAAAUGGAAUGGAGCCCCAAUAGGAACAGGUUUAAAAGGAAAAACAAAGGGAAAAAGAAACGUCGUUGUCGGCUACCUGGUGUUGACUCAGUGCUAAAAAGUCUUCCUGUGGAUGAAAAGGAAGAGAAAGAUGAAAACUCUUUAAGUGCUACUUCUAAUGAUGAGGUUGAUGAUGAUGACGAUGACGAAGACAAUGAUAUAGAUGGUACAGAUGAAGAAUCAUUAGAGUGUGAAGAUGACAGUGAACCAGAAGAGAUAAUAGAAAUGAAGGAUGAUCAAGAGACUUGCUCUAAAAAGGAAAUGGAAGAGAAAAGCAUAAACAUAGAAAUUCCAGAAAUUCUGAAGAAAAAACUUGAGGAUGACUGCUAUUACAUCAACAAAAGAAAAAAGUUGGUGAAGCUUCCAUGCCAGACAACCAUCAUUAAUAUUUUGGAAUCCUAUGUGAAGCAUUUUGCAAUUAAUGCAGCCUUUUCAGCCAAUGAAAGAUCUCGACAUCAUCAAAGUAACUCGCAGAUUCCAAUGAAUCCUCAUUACAUUCCACCUGAGAAAAAUGUUGAGCUUUGUAAGGAAAUGGUGGAUGGCUUAAGAAUUACGUUUGAUUUUACACUACCCAUGAUUUUGCUCUACCAGUAUGAACAUGCUCAGUUCAAGAAGGUUACUUCAUCUAAAUUCUUUGUUCCAAUCAAGGAAACAUUGUCACAUGUGAGACCUCAAAAGGAACAUUCACCAAGUCCUCCUCCUCUCCUGAACCCAUCAACACCCCAAUCCACAGACAGUCAGCCAUUGUCAGGAGAUCCUGCAACACCAAAGCGACGAAAGAUUGAUCCUGAAUCUGUUCAAUCAUUGAGGCGAUCUACACGGCACGCAUCAGGCUGUGACAGACUGUCUGAAAGCAGUGCUUCCCCCCAGUCAAAGCGCCGGUUUUAUGAAUCUGCUGCUCAAAUGCCCAGAUUACUUCUACACUUGGAGAAAAAGACACCUGUCCAUAGUGGCUCCUCCUCUCCCGUCACCCUCACUCCUAGUAAAGAAGGGGCUGCGGUGUUUGAUCGCAGAAGGAGCAAUGAAUUGAAUGAGGUUUUGUCUUGGAAAAUGAUGCCAGAUAAUUAUCCACUGAUUGAACAGCCUCCUGCACCCUCGUAUAUCUAUGGAGCUCAGCAUCUCUUGCGAUUGUUUGUGAAGCUACCAGAGCUGUUGGGAAAGAUGCAAAUUACUGACCGGAAUCUGAAGGUCUUGGUAAAGCACCUUGAACUGUUCCUUAGGUUUUUGGCUGAAUACCAAGAGGACUUCUUUCCAGAAUCCGCUUAUGUAGCUGCAUCUGAAGCUUACUAUUGUACCAAACGUCCUCAGGCUAUCUACUGAAGCAUUAGCAGAGCUGUGAACUCGUUGCUGCUUCUACCCCAGUGGUUAUUGGUCAGAGAACUGUAAAUGAUCUUAAGCAGUUGAGAACAAAAGAGCACUUAUAUCCUCUUAAGUAGUGCUGCCUGCUGGAAAGCUGUUGACAUUACAUUGUGGAGAUGGACCACUUUCUGUUUGAACUCUGUUUUGAAACACCCUGCAACCCUGCUUGAUGCUGUGUGCACACGUUCUGUUCUUCUGUGGUUGUGUCAUGUAUGCAAGCAUUGACUAUAUGCAACCAAAAGCCUCUUCUGCAAGUAAAAUAAAUGCCUCCUGAAAGGCAGACUGCGUUUAUUGAACAAGACUUAAUUCUGUACAAAAUGUUUUUGGAUGUCCAUCUUAAAGUAAUGGGAAACCAUAUUUUAGAGAUGUUCUGAAUAGUUGUGAGUUAAAGAAAAAGGCAUUGUAUAAUUUUCAUUAGUGCUUGCUUACCCAUUAGAAAAUAAAUUCUUGCUGUAUUGUAAUAUUUUGUUUUAAUGUUGAUGGUUUAUGUUCCUGUUCAAAGUCCAAUGAUACAGUUUUUGUGAAUGUUAUUUUAUGCAAUGAAGCAGUAUUGGUAAUCUUUUAGGACUAAACUCUUGACGCUGUUGUGUUGCAUAGAAGUUUUGCUUUACUCUUUGGAGCCACACUUUUUUGGCAGGAGAGUGAACAGAGUCUGGAUUGCUUUUAUGUGGCUGCAUGAUCACUGAAGGUAUUUUGCAUUAGCAGAGGGAAGAGAGUUUUUCUUCUUGAGACGAAACCUGCUGGUGAUACAGACCCCCAUCUACCAUCUCAUCCAACAGUGUGGCACUUCACCUUUGUGGACUGUCAUUUCAGACCCUGGGAAGUACCGAGGAUCAGAGGGACCUUGGUGUGCAUGUCCACUGGUCCCUUAAGGUAGCAGGACAGUCAGAUAAGGUGGUUAAGAAGGCAUAAAGGAUACUUGCCUUUAUUAGCCGAGGAAUAGAAUAUAAGAGCAGGGAGGUUACGCUGGAACUGUAUAGAAAGCUGGUUAGGCCACUGCUAGAGUAUUGCGUACAGCCCUGGAAUCCACAUUAUAGGAAGGAUGUGAUUGAUCAAGGAUGUGAAGGAUAGAGAGAGUGCAGAGGAGAUUUACCAGGAUGUUGCCUAGGCUGGAGAGUUUUACUUAUGAGGAGAGAUUGGAUAAACUGGGGUUACUUUCUCUGGAGCAAAGGAGAUUGAGGGGGUACAUGGUUGAGGUGUAUAAAAUUAUGAGGGACAUAGGUAGGGUAGACAGGAAGGAACUUUUCCCCUUGGUGGAGGGAUCAAUAACCAGGGGGCAUAGAUUUAAGGUAAGGGGCAAGAGGUUUAGAGGGGAUGUGAGGAAGAAUUCUUUCACCCAGUGGGUGGUGGGAGUCUGGAACUCACUGCCUGAAAGGGUGGUAGAGGCAGAAACCCUCAUAACAUUUAAGAAGUAUUUGGAUGUGCGAUGCCAUGCCAUACAAGGCUAGGGGCCUAGUGCUGGAAAAUGGGAUUAGAAUAUUUAGGUACUUGUUUGACUGGCGCAGACUCAAUGGGCUGAAGGGCCUUUUUCUGUGCUGUAGACCUCCAUGACUCUAGGCAAACAAAAUUAUAUUAAUCCAGGCAAAGGUCUUUUAGUUUGAAUUUUGGGCUUAUUGAUGAUUACAAAUAUACUAGAACAUAGAAAAUGUAUUUGAAUUGUAAUAAAUGGGUCUGGCAUCCUUGAUGCCAAAAGCCAUUAUAUCAGGGGAAAAAUUCUAUUGGCGGCUUAUUUAACAUGGUCGUACUGGAGGAGUUAAAUUUGGAUAAAGCACAAUGCACUGUCACAUGAAUGGAGGUGAAUUAGGAGUCCAUGUACCAAGAGUACAGAAUUUUUAAUUUGCCAGGUCAGAGGUAGAAGCCACUGAUUAACGCCCUACUAGCUGUCCUUCCUCUCAUCCAUCUUCAUUUGAGCUUCAAUCCUAUAGCUCCUGCCCCACUCUCCCUGCAGUUGAAAAUUGGGGAUAAAAGGUUUUUUUAAAAGAAAACUAAUACAUAAUCAGUAAAAUAUUAGGAAUCAAAAGAGCUUUGCCUGGUCAUAAGAGCAACUUACAUUUAUUUAGAGCCAUUAAUGUAAUGAAAAUGCUCCAAGGAAGCAUUUUCAGGUUGAAUUUGAUACCGAGACAAAGAAAUAUUAGCACAGAUGACCAAAAGCUUGGACAAAGGGGUAAGUUAUAAGGAGCAACUUAAAUGAGGCAUAGAUACAGAGGUUUAGGGAGGGAAGUCCAGAACUUGGAGCAUUUAUUUGAGGCCCUAUGUUGUUAUUUGUGCCAUUUAGCACAAUGCUAUAACCAUUCUAAGGUGAUGGGCUAAGUGGCGUGAGUUGCAUUUGACAUUUUAAUUUCCUAUAACAUUAUUUUACCUAUACAAACAUGUCUGUCAGAUAUUAAUUAAUUAAACUCUGGCCUCACACCCUAAAUAUAAUAGGCUCUCAAAUCAUGGAAAACAUAUACUGCAAAACAUGCAAGUGAGAUGCUGUUUUUAAGUCUGAUGUUCUCUGGUUAUGCGCAUUUCCCUUUUCACCGCUCUUCCGUUUGCAUCAAUAAUGUCUUCAUGCAUAAUGUUGUAAUUUAAGAAUGAGCCCAGAAGUUAUUCUGUUCAUGGUGACUCUUUUCCCCACCUGCCAUUAGUUGGAUUUAAUUUUUUAUGCGAAGGUUGACCUUUGAAAAGAAUGAGGAAAAUGAUAUUUCUGGAAAGCAAUUACCAUUUUACGCUGUAUAAUUCAAAUGCAAAUGUUUCAUUUUUUUAAACAGUUAAUAAUUAUUUUAUAACU